AUGAUUGUGGUUGAGCCUCAAGGUCGUAGUGGAGGUUUGGCAUUACUGUGGAAAGAAAGUGACCAAGUCAAGCUAUCUAGUUUAUCACAAAAUCACAUAGAUGUGGAGUUAACAACACAGGACUCACAAACCUGGAGAUUGACAGGUUUCCAUGGGGAGCCUAAUCGUAAUUUGAGACGAAGAACUUGGGAUUUAUUGAGCAAUCUAGCACGCGACUCUAACUUACCUUGGUGCAUCAUUGGCGAUUUAAAUAUUAUUACAUCUCAGCAGGAUAAAAAAGGUGGUGCUGCAUAUCCCCAACGGUUGAUUGACGGGUUUAAUGCUCUCUUAGAGGAAACAGGGCUUCAUGAUAUUAUUAAAGACAACUGGGAGGGUGACAAUGAAGGCAGUAGUAUAAUUCAGAAGGUGAAACAAUGUGCUGAGCAUCUUGAUACAUGGGGUAAAGAGAUAACAGGUUACUUCGGAAAGCGCUUAAAGGCAUGUAAAAUGCAGUUAAAGCAGUUGCGCGACAAAAGGGAUGCUCAAUCCGUUCAACAAUACAAGGAUGCUAAACAUCAGCUUCAUCUAAUUCUCGAUCAAAAAGAAUUAUUCUGGCGACAGGGAUCGAAGCAAUUGUGGCUAAAUUCGGGAGAUAAAAACACAAAAUAUUUCCAUGCAUCCUGUAGUACCUGUCGUCGUAUCAACAGAAUUCAUAAAUUGAAGGAUGGGAACGGGGAAUGGGUAAAUUGGCAAACUGGCUUGAAGCCUCUUAUCACAGAAUUUUAUUCCUCUCUUUUCAGUAUGGAACAAACAAAUUGUUAUGAGGUAAUUGGGUGUAUCGCUCCGAAAAUCUCUGAGGUCCAAAACGCCGAGUUACUGUAA